CAUGGUGCCGGUGUGAGGAAGCGGAGGUCCUGUGUGUGUUUGGAUCUACAGGACGGAACCAUGCUGCUCCCGAACCUCCGGCACGCGGUGUGCAGCGGCUUCAGGACCACGGGGAGAACCGCGCUGCAGAACCCGCGGACGCCGUUGAGACAGUGGCUGCUACAGAGAGGACAGAACACAGUGGUGGCUGAAUCCGGAGCGGCUCGAACCCCCACCGCGGUGUCCGUACCCAACGCCGCUACAGAUCGAACCGUGGGCCGCUGGCUGGUGGGAUGCAGUGGGCUGGUGUUGGGGGCGGUGGUGCUGGGAGGAGUCACCAGGCUGACGGAGUCCGGGCUCUCGAUGGUGGACUGGCACUUGGUGAAGGAGAUGAAGCCGCCGAGAUCUCAGGCUGAAUGGGAGGCAGAAUUCUCCAAAUAUCAGCAAUUUCCAGAGUUUAAAAUAAUGAACAGAGAUAUGACCCUGACGGAGUUUAAGUUUAUCUUCUAUAUGGAGUGGGGGCACAGGAUGUGGGGGCGGCUGGUGGGUUUAGCCUACAUCCUGCCCACCGUCUACUUCUGGAAGAAGGGCUACUUUAACAGAUCCAUGAAGACCCGAGUUCUGGGGCUCUGCGGCUUCGUCUUCUUCCAGGGGCUUCUGGGAUGGUAUAUGGUAAAGAGUGGUCUGGAGGAGAAGCCGGAGUCGUAUGAUGUCCCGCGGGUCAGUCAGUACCGCCUGGCCUCUCACCUGGGCUCAGCUCUGCUGCUCUACUGCGCCAGCUUGUGGACGGGUCUGAAACUGAUGCUACCUGCUAACAAGCUUCCAGAAACUCGGCAGGUGCUGCAGCUCAGGAGAUUCGCUAAAGGAACUGGAGCUCUGGUUUUCCUCACCGCUCUCUCAGGAGCGUUCGUCGCCGGUCUGGACGCUGGAUUGGUUUAUAAUUCUUUCCCGAAGAUGGGCGACUACUGGAUCCCCGACGACCUGAUGAACUUCUCCCCGGCCUUAAAGAACUUCUUUGAGAACCCGACCACCGUUCAGUUUGACCACAGAGUGCUGGCUAUCGGUUCAUUAGCAGCUAUCAGCGGCCUCUACCUGUUCUCCAGACGCCUUCACCUCCCCCGCAGGGCCAAGAUCGCCAUCACCUGCCUCACAGCCAUGGCCUAUACUCAGGUGGUUCUUGGCAUCAGUACCCUGCUCCUGUACGUGCCCACUCCCCUGGCAGCUACUCACCAAUCCGGAUCCGUCGCUCUGCUCACCUUCGCCAUCUGGGUCCUCGCCGAGCUCCGCAAGGUGGCCAAGUAGAUGCCAGAUCCUCACCUGAAGAUCUGGAGAGACUCUGCACUUAUUUAAAGAUAAAGACAAAGACUCGACCCUUAAGUCUUUAAUUUUGGUGGAAUUAUCAGUGAAAGUUCCACGUCUGCUGAGAUCCUUUCUUUAACUUUGAUAAAAGUUUGGUUUUCUUCCUCCGAGAGACAUUUGAAGACUGUAAUCAGUUUAAAGUCGCUGUUAUAAUGAAGUGUUUAAUGUUCACAGCGUGUGACUUAUUGCAUUUCUUGGAAAAAGAUGAUAAACGAGUGGAAGAAAGGGAUGAAAGUGUUCAGUAAAUAAAGUAGAUCAUCUGAUACCUGAUGCACAAUAAAGUGAUGAA